GUCGCUUUCGGGCGGAUUCGGGCAGUGCCCGUUCGGGCGUCUCCGUUCGGGAUUGCGAAGGGGAAUUCGGGCGCGAUCGGAGAGCACUCGGCACAACUCGGCUUUCCUCGAGCCUGCCUCACCCGCCUUCGGGCGGGAUCGGAAAGGACUCGAGCGGACUCGGAAUUCUUCGACCCUCUGGGCCGGACCGCUCGGGGACUCGGCCCUGUUCGGGCGAACUCGGAUUUCCCACCCGAUCUGUCAGGUAUCGCUUCGGGCCUCGCUGCUACGGACUCGUCCGAGCUCGGCUCCCGUCCCGCGCUCGGAUUGGCCAGCCGGGAGGAAACGCGGGCCGAGCGCGACAGGAGCAACCGAUUGCCUUCGGACGAGGCCUGUGAGGACUCGGGAGACUUCGGGCGCGAUCGGAAGUGCCCGAUUCCGCCGCGAGGAAAACGUUCGGAACCGCUCGGGCGAGCUCGGCACCGUUCGGCUGCCCAGCGAAGAGCGCUCGGGUGACCUCGGGGGCUCCUGUGCCCCCCCCCCCCGGGGCCCUCCUCCCCCGUCUGGAGCCGCGCUCAGGGGAGAACGGCGGGGGCUCGGGCCCGCUUGGGCGGGCCGGUUCCCCUCCCUCCCCGGCGCCGGCCGCCUCGCAUGGAGGACGCCGACUCGGCGGCGAAGCAGUUGGGCUUAGCGGAGGCGGCGGCAGUGGCGGCGGCGGCCGCAGUUGCAGCAGCGGCAGCAGCGGCGGCCGCGGAAGAAUCCGAACAGCAGCAGCCGCCGCAACAGCAGCAACAAGCCUCGGAGGCGGAGCCCGAGGAGGAGGAGGAAGAGGCGGCGCAAGUGACGGCAGUGACCGUGAUGGCGACAGAGGCCGAACACAUCGAGAUGGGAGCCGAGUCCCUGCCGAGCGCCGACGAGGCCGCUGCCGCCUUCGCAGAAGUCACCACAGUGACAGUAGCUAAUGUGGGUGCCUCUGCAGACAAUGUUUUCACUACAUCUGUGGCAAAUGCAGCUUCGAUUUCAGGACAUGUGCUGUCUGGGAGAACGGCCCUCCAAAUUGGGGACAGCUUGAAUACUGAAAAAGCCACUCUCAUAGUGGUUCACACAGAUGGCAGCAUUGUAGAAACCACAGGGUUGAAGGGGCCAUCAGCACCUCUCACACCAGGACCACAGUCUCCUCCCACUCCUUUAACAUCUGCCCAAGAAAAAACUGGAACCAAGUAUAACUGGGACCCAUCUGUGUAUGACAAUGAACUCCCAGUGAGGUGUCGGAAUAUCAGUGGGAUUCUGUAUAAAAACAGACUCGGCUCAGGAGGCCGUGGUAGAUGCAUUAAGCAAGGGGAUAACUGGUACAGCCCCACUGAAUUUGAAGCCAUGGCAGGACGAGCCAGCAGCAAAGACUGGAAAAGGAGCAUCCGCUAUGCUGGGAGGCCAUUGCAGUGCCUUAUUCACGAUGGGAUUUUAAAUCCUCACGCUGCCUCUUGUACUUGUGCUGCCUGCUGUGACGACAUGACCCUGAGUGGCCCUGUACGACUCUUUGUACCAUACAAAAGGCGGAAAAAAGAAAAUGAAAUGCCUGCAACUCCAGUGAAAAAGGAUUGCCCCAAAAAUAUAACCCUGCUCCCUGCUACAGCUGCUACUACAUUCACCGUGACUCCUUCUGGACAGAUCACUACCUCCGGUGCUCUGACCUUUGAUCGUUCAUCGACAGUGGAAGCGACAGCAAUUAUCUCGGAAAGUCCGUCCCAGGGUGACGUUUUCACUGGAGCUACUGUUCAGGAUACCAAUGUCCAGCAGCCCUGCCGGGUCAGUCACCCAGAACCUCACUACCCAAGUUACCAGGACAACUGUCAGAUUUCACCUUUUCCUGAAGCUGCCCUGCCAACGUCUCAUCCAAAAAUUGUGCUGACCUCACUCCCUGCCCUGGCGGUGCCCCCCACUACCCCUACCAAAGCCAUAUCCCCUUCGGUGGUGAAUGGGCUGGAAGUGACCGAGCAGCGAAGCUGGCUGUACUUGGAAGAGAUGGUUAAUUCAUUGCUCAACACAGCCCAGCAGCUGAAGACUCUCAUUGAACAGGCUAAACAGGCCAGCUCCUCCUUCCGCGAGGCUGCUGUCACGCAGGCGAAAAUUCAAGCUGAUGUGGAGAGGAAAGAGCAGUAUCAGAACCAGUUAUUUCAACAGUCAGAAGAUGUAGAUGGGAAAACAGAAAUCAUCAUCAAGCAGUCCUGUGUGAACUGUGGUCGUGAGGCAACGAACGAGUGCACAGGAUGCCAUAAAGUCAACUACUGCUCCACUUUCUGUCAGCGGAAGGACUGGAAGGAUCACCAGCAUAUGUGCGGUCAGUCAGCCACGGUGACAGUGCAAGCAGAUGAGGUGCACGUCACAGACAGUGUAAUGGAGAAAGUCACGGUCUGAACAAACCUACCUCUUUACAUUUUCCAAGAACAAUGUAGUGUGGCCGGCUGGAUCGGCAAGACAAAUGUGAAUGGUCUGUCAUUUAGGAACCAGACUCUUCUCACUAGCAAACUUGUUUUUGAAAGACUUUUCAAUACUGCAACGGCAUUCAACUACUUCCAAGCCUAUUCCUAAAGUUUGAAUAAUGCAGAGACUGAGAUAACCUGAUCUGGGAAAACAAAAAACAAAAAAACCCCACAGCUAUCUGUAGUCAACCAGCUGGGAGCCACCUUCAGUUUAAGGAAGCUUUGUUUUUGCCAAACUGAAAUCUCCACCAUGUGGAUUACAGUGAUAUCAUCUCUCUUGAGAUGGAUCUAAAGCAGUUGCUGCAAUGAGAUUUGCCAGUGUGUCCUUUUCCCUGUGCCUCCUUACCUCUCAUAUGAAAAAAGGAGUGAUCCUUCAUUCAAUUUAUUUAAUUGCCUUGAAAAAGACAGUAUAAACUCUAAUUUGCCAUUGGAAGGAUUUUUUCUCCCUGUGUUCCAUCUGUGCUGGGCAAAUUUGGAACACAUUGGAGCUUCUGCACUUGAAUAUACGUGAAAAAUAAUGUGUUGUUAAAUAAAAUGCAGUGAGAACAUGA